GCGGCAAGAGAUCGUGGGAAUCACUAUUAAGAUGUUGGCCGGUGAAGAUGCUGUGCACGUCCUGACUUACCCAUGAGCCUUUUUCCUCCUUUUAAGCGUACGCACAGUGCAUCACUUCCACCUCCUCAAUCUCCAUCUUUCACCAUGGCGCUUCCAGCUUCAGAUGCAAUCAUUUCUACUACCAAAUACAGCUCCCCAGAAGCAUAUGGCGUUUACAAUGGAGUUGAAGUCGAUGUUUAUAUGACUGCCCAGCUUACCGCCGCAAAAGAAGGUGCCCGAGAGGCGGCGGACGAAUUCUACAACCCAAUUGAAGAAGUAUACAAUGAUAUUCCUCCUGACUUUCCCUUCGAGUUUGAAUUCUUGCCUGUCGAAAAACCUAGACUUUAUGUCGAAAGGGAGAGCCUGCAAAAGGAAAAGCAGAUUUCAGUGGAUCCUAUAUCCUUGAAGGGACCAUCAAUGAGGAAGUCAAGCUUUAAUCUCAUGUUGCUUCCGCCGCCUCUUAUACCACCUACAAAAUCGAAGUUCUUAAGUUUCAGCCUCCCAAACUCGGCCAAUUCGUCUCCUCGCUUUAGCUCAACUCUGUUGAAGAAGAAACUAAGGAUUGAAAGCAAAGCAAAUCCUCCCAAAGCCAGUAAUCUGGCCCGCCAGCACUCUGCCGCAGAACACGGCCAUCCCGCCAGGAAACCGGAGGUUUACUUGCAAAGGAGCAAAUCAUGCAGCGAAGGAAGAGCACGUGCGUCAUCAGAUGAUUUGGACCUUUGGCUGACCGCACCAAAUGUUUCUGAAUAUGACAACAGGUACUACUACGACAGCUUUUCCAAUACUGAAGGAACCAAAGACAAUCAAAACAAGACUACGAGGAGCAAGGAUGCCGGCGACGAGGAAUUCAAAUGCGGUGCCCUCUGCCUGUUCCUGCCAGGCUUUGGUAAGGGCAAGCCUGUGAGAGCAAGAAAGGAAGAAGCAGAGGGUGAAAAGGUGAUGUCCAGAAAGGAAGAACCAGUGGGUGAAAAGGAGAUGUCCAGGACAGUUUCCUUGGAAAAAUUCGAAUGCGGGUCUUGGGCUUCAUCGGCCAUAACACACGACAAUGAAGACGACUCCAAGAACCUCUACUUUGAUCUGCCCUUGGAGUUGAUCCGAACAAGUGUCAAUGACGCACACUCACCAGUUAGAGCAGCUUUCUUCUUCGAUAACGAUCAAAAAGGGAUUCUCAAGAACAGCUCCACAAAAGCAACAGCCAAAAAAUGUGAUGAAUCGCCGCGCCAUGUUCGCUUUUCUACAUCAUCCCCUGUAUCAUACCCGGCCUCGCCAGCUUCUUGCAUUACGCCUCGUUUGCGCAAGGCCAGGGAGGACUUCAAUGCCUUCCUAGAAGCACAGGGUGAUUGAAAUUAAUGUUAUGAAUCUUGCUUUUGUAGCUUAGAAAACAAUAUUAGCCAAUUUUGGAGGCCCUCUUUUCUUUUGGUUAGCACAUGAUUGCCAAGAGUCAAUAUAGCAUGGGAGCCCCUGGGUUUUCUUCUUUUUAAAUGCAAUUUUAUUUUGGAGUCUAAAUUUUUGUUGGCAAAAAUGCUACUA